UAUAUAUUCGUCAUGAUAGUGGCUGAGAUGCGUGUGGGGAUCCUCGUCCUUGCUUGCUUCCCAUCCUGUUGGUCCUCCACUUCGUACUCCGAUAAUAUCCAUAGGCCUGUUGAUGGACGAGGAUGCCAUAUCGUUAGCCAAGGAUCUGCAAGCUUUCAAGUGGUAUUAUGUGGCUUCAUGCACAAUCAUCUUCUUCGAUUACUUUCUCACCUUAAGUGACGAGAUUGAGUUCGCCUGGAAAGAGAGGAAGGGGCCUGUAUUCUAUCUGUUUUUACUAAAUCGCUACUGUGCUAUGUCCUUUUGCGUCAUCACUUUAUUCGCCUAUUUUUCGCCAUUGUGGACUUUCGAAGUCUGUAAUCGAUUUGCCAUCGUCGAAUGGUUGCAAGCCCUACUCGCCGCCAUCCCAGCAGAGAUAGUACUACUAAUCCGGGUUUAUGCCUUGACCGGAAGCAGAAAGCUAUAUAUCGUACUUCUCAGCCUCCUGCCCAUUACUCAAUGUAUCACUGUAAUUUACGCCAUGGCCCAACACGGGCAAAAUAACGCCCUUCCCUUGCCGGACUUAUCAGCGCAGUCUUAUGGAAUUGAUCCAUUUCAUGUCUGCAUAUUAUUUUCCGAUCCAGUAAUGGACACGCUUUAUCUGGCAGGGUCUAUUCUUUUCGACAGUAUAGUUUUUAUUAUCACUCUACAAGUCACUAUUCAGUAUCACAAGAUAAUUCCUAGAGCUCUCCUUCUCCAAAGAAUUCAGCGAGACGGAACGUUGUACUUUGGCAUCAUACUCACCGGAAAUGCCCUCUGGAUGCUUUUUUCCCUGUGUAGUCGGCCCGGUUUGAAAUUGAUCAAUGCCCAUAUGAUACUUACGUCUGUUAUGAUCAGUCGUUUGACGCUUUCAUUACGACGCGUGAGCCAUGAACGUUAUUCUGCUUGGAGCUUCAAAGCUUUCGAGUUUAGUGACACAUUGCCACGCAACGAAUCGACGGGGGCAGGAGUAUCUUGACUCGGAAGUAAACUUCGAGUACAAGCAAAUAUGCGACAGGUGUCAUCGUUAAAAGUAACAGUUUCGAUUGAGGGCUCGUGUGAUACCACUACAAUGUUAUUGAAUUCAUGCCCUGUGGGGUCUUCUAUUCUACAGCUUCAAGUCGUGGUUAUCUUCGAAUCAGUUCGUAAAUCCGCC